AUGCAGUCGAGCCGUAUCCACCCUUUGCGACACCCGAUUCGGGCCAGAGAAGAUGAUCAUGUCCUCAGCGACUUUUUCUGCGAGAUUUGCCGAGCUAGGAGGCCAGGCCGCAAGUUCUUCACGCCCGUCGACCGGCAAGAAAAGGAGAAUUGGCUGAUAAGGCUGAAUUUGCCGACAGAGAGAACGGCCGUGUUGAAAAAUCGUAUGGAUCUCCGGCAAGUGGCAUUGUGUGGGAUGCAUUUCCCGCCGGAAGUGAUGGACGAUGAUCGGGUCGAUUUGAUCCCGACUGACAUGUCCGUGCGCGAUAAUCAGCUGAUGUUCAACCGAAUCGAGGCGAGUGAGGCCCCGUUUCAAGUGGGAAACGGCAAGCAGUUGCUGCUCAACGAGUUCUUUGCCGCCGAUGAGGUGUUGCGUCCCCGCAGCAGCCAGACGAACCUCCGAGGCCGCCCCACCCGCAAAAACGAGCCGAUUUCCAAGGCGCCAAAGAGAAUCGGCGCCUAUCAAUAUCGUCAGCUUGGCCAUCAGCCCAGCCAAUCAAUGUACCCACAUUUGAGACUGAGAAGACCGAAUAUGCAGCUGCCAUAUGAAAAAUUGCCGGAAUCGCAGUACGUGCUGAGCAUCCUGCAUCUCGUCGAGGCGUCCGGCCUCGAAUAUGAGAACGAGCUGACCUACCCGGAGAGAUCGGUGCCAAUCAUGCUGCGAAACGAGGCCAAGUCGCAGGAUAAAACGUACGUGUGCGCGGCGUGUUCGGUGAUGCGUCGCGGUCCAAAAUACGUGCUUCCACCUCCAGGGAAACGGAGGAACGAGUGGAUAAAUCGAUUGGCGUUGUCGAGGAAGGAAUGGAUCGAGCCGCUCGUCACGAAACCGGGCCUCCUCUGCGGCUUCCACUUUGAUGCUCAAGUCACCCUCGGUGGUCUCUAUGAUCCGGAUCCAUACCCCCUCGAUAUGAGAGAAGCUAUCAAUCGAUUGUUAUUCCGUGAUCUCUAUGAUGGAACUAUGAAGGUCAUCACCCCGCAGGGACUUCUCGUUAGAGCUAGUUUCUUCUUCAUGGACGAGGUGCAAUCGAUCGAGACGGCCAGUGAGGCAAUUAUGGAGAGGAUUGACCCGGAGGAUAUUCGAUUCACAGAAGCGAGACAGCAUGAUGGAACGAUACAGAGGAGAUAUAGGACGGCUGACGGUGCGGAAUAUGUGGCGAUGAAUGAGGAAGAGGUCGACGAAGAAUACGCUGAAACGGUGGAAAACGCGGCGGAGCACAUAAUAGAAGACCCAGAGACGGCAGAUGACGUGUUGAUUGACGAGGAGGGGAAUAUGGUCAAUGAAGAAUAUAUCGUUUAUGGGAGAGAAGUAGGAGGAGCGAAUACUGUAGUUGAACAGCGACACCAACACGGCUAUCUACAACGACAACAUCCCACAUACAGUACCCGAACCGAAAAAUCGACGCAUAUGGCUGAAAAUGUGAGGCCGAGCACCAGCUAUCAACAUCCACCGAAUAAUAUCAAUUUGCGAACGGGAAUUCGUCAACAACCGAUGGAGCGUCCCCUGCGUGGAGGUCAAAAAAGAAGCGCCACCGCCGCAAUGCACCCAUCACAACGACUACGCAUCACUCCGGAGGAAUACGAUGGCCCGGGUACGGUAGUGGCGAAGGAAGAAGAGGUUGUCGAAGAAGAGGAAGAAGUCACAACAACACCACAAUCCCCACAUCAAGAACAUUUUAUGGUCAAUGUUGAGGAUUUCGACGAUGGUGAUAUGGUAUGGGAAGGAGACGGGGCUGGACCCUCAUAUACAUACGAUCCAAUCCCGCAUAAGAAAUACGCGAUACGAUACCAUAAAUGUAUGAUUUGUGGCGAGAAACGGGUCAACCUGGAUAUGCAGUCGAUUAGUGCCAAGAUAGAAAAGAGGCAGAUAUUGUGGAAAAAUCUGCAUUUUGAGGUGGACCCGGAUGUGAUAUUCGAUUUGGAGUCGAAAGCCCGUUCCGGCCAAUCGAUUCCGAUCUGCCGAACCCAUUUCCCACCGGAACUUCGGAUGGAGCGGGUGCGCCACAUUGAAGACACAAUAUUUCCGGAUGGGCGCAUGGUUUUGUCUUGUUUGAUUUGCGGUAUGCUGGGCCCAGCGACGUUGUUUUGCCAGAUGACAAAGGAUGGGCAAUCGAUGCAUCGGCUAUUUACAAAGACGCAACUGCCCCACCAACAGCAAGAGAUCCUUCGGACGAUGGUCCACAAUAAUGAGCUGGCCCUCGUUUGUACCGUGCAUUAUGAUGAGACGGUGCGACCGAAUGCCCUUUUCCUGGGAGAAGCAGACGAUCAGAUCCAGCAUCUACAAGAUAUCACAGAGGCCAGGAAGAAGCCGCACAGGAGAUUGGAAUACCACCGUCAGACGGUGAAUUGUGUGCUGUGUCGACAGGCUGUCCCCCGCCCAUCCACCAAAAAGAUGCCCUCCCACGAACGGGCCAUGCAGCUCAUCUUUGACUACGCGGACGUGCCCCUUCCCCUGCAGCGCCAAGUGUUGGAUGAAGUGAGAAGGAAGACGACCCACGUACCGGCUUGUCGAAAACAUUUUCCACCGGAGAUUCGGGAGUUGCGUGGCCGAUAUUGGUAUCGAAAGAUGGAGAAGCUGAUCCAGCAGGGAAGAUAUGAUGGACUACAGACUACAAAUGGCACAAGGGCACUCGUUUUACCCACCGAUGAAGGGUAUAGGGAAGACGCCUACGAACAGCCGGAAAUGGAGGAAGAGGAAGAGAUUGAAGAAGAAGAAAUUGACGACUGGGCCCUCCGGAAGGGUGAUCCUACGCUAGCACCUCCAGCAGCUUCUCAAGACAAGAGGGAGUAUACGGCCCGCUCGAGGUAUCUCCGUCUCUUCCUCAACAAUUCCUCCGUCAAAUCGUUGGUGGGUCUGAUGGGCUGUUACGGCACCGACUUCUGGUAUUCGCUGAAUAUGAAGGUGAAAGAGCUUGGCAAUCCACAAGAUGUGCCCACUUUCUGCGAGUUGCAGGGACUUCUGGAUCACUUCAAGCCCUCCUCCUUCACCCACCACAAAUUCUGGCUGGUCGAGGGGGGCCGGUAUGAAGCGCGCGACAAGUUCUUGCAAAGCCCCACGGUGCGCUCAAUGGAGAUGUUGCAGCUAAUCUUUUCUUACGUCGGCGAUGUGGGCUGUCUGUCCCAUAUCCGUGCCAAAACUUUGCUCCUCGCGAUGGCCAAGCAACGGGAUAUCCGCGACUGGCCCAUCCUGCUCCAUUUCGUGUCGAGUCGCGUUUUGGGCUGGCUAGAAGGGAAAGAAGAACUCGACGCAUUCCAGCUAUUCAUCAUCGAUUUCGAUCCGAUUCGCCAGCUGCUGAGCCAUUACUUGGACAAUCUGGUGUUGUCUCCUACAAUUGGAUGGAUCGAUCGGACAUACCCCGGCAUGUAUCUCAUCGGAAGGGCCACCGAUGGCCAAGCCUUGCUUGCCUAUACACACAGCGUCGAAGGCAAUUUCUUGCUGCUUCGCUGCGACUACAAUUUCAGACGCGGCCGUUGCCUCGGAAGUUAUCAACAAAACGGACGGACCCUCCGCAACAUUGCCGAGCUGAUGGAAAAAUGGGAACAGCAGAUGAAGCGGAACCCGAAACGAGUUCGCGACGUCAAGGCAAAGCUGAAAAAGGAGUGCGCCAAGUUCAACGAGUACAACAAGGGCGCCACCACGAUGGACUUGAUGACGGAUUCGUUAUGGCGUUCAAAAGAGCAGCGAGGAGUGUCUUGGGGAGCCCAGACUUUCCACCUUCUUCGGGACCCAGCUUACCCGUUAGACGCAUCCGUUCGGCACGCCUACGCAUUUACGAAAGCCUACGAAGAGAGGGGUGUUCUGCCAGAGAUCGACGAAUUCAAGCCGCCCUGCGAGGCUGCCAUCAAAGAAUGGAACUGUCUCUUUAAUCAAUACAUCACCGAUUAUGGUUCG